UGAUGAACUACCGGUCCAAUCUAUGGUUUCGAAACCCAAACCUGAUGCCAAGUGCCAACAAUGAACAAACUCCCCCUUGUUCCUCUUCUUAGUUUGUGGUUCUAGGGCUUCAAGUCUCUUGCCAUUUUUAAGUUUUUCUUCCUUUUCCAUUAAUCUAAUUCCCAAUACGAACCCUUUCUUCUCUCUUACUAUUACAAUGGAAUCGGCGAAUAAUCACUCUCCAUUUUGUGGUGCUGCAUUCUCCUGGUGUUGAUGCGCUUCUGGUGUUCUGGAUUCUCUAGUUUUCGUAUCGAAGGGAUAUCUUUUUAAUUAUGAUGGCAGAUCGUUUUUGGAUUGUUUUUAUUGUGGCUUUUUAUUGUCUCAUUGGAGUUCUCAACGCUAGCGCUGGUGACGCAGAUCCAGUUUACAGGGCUUGUGUAGGGCAGUGUGAGAAGACUGGUUGUGUGGCAGACAAAUGCUUUCAGCACUGCAGAUUCUCUUCCAGUGGUGUCCCCGCUGAUGGCUCCUCGUACAUGCAAGAACCACUUUAUUGGCAGUGGAAGCAGUGGUAUUGCCAGAGUGACUGUCGGUAUUACUGCAUGAUUAAUAGAGAGAAAGAAAGGGAGAUGGCUGGCCAGAGCCCUAUCAAAUAUCAUGGGAAAUGGCCCUUCAAGCGUGUCUUUGGGUUGCAGGAGCCUGCUUCUGUGGCAUUUUCGCUUUUGAACCUUGCAGUGCAGUUUCAUGGUUGGGUUUCCUUUUUUAUCCUGUCGUACUACAAGUUGCCUCUGAGGCAGAGUAAGAAAACUUACUACGAAUAUACUGGCUUAUGGCUUAUUUAUGGACUCCUGUCAGUGAACUCUUGGUUCUGGAGUGCUGUUUUUCACAGUCGAGAUGUGGAUCUAACUGAAAAGUUAGAUUACUGUUCCGUGGUGAUAUUACUAGGGUACUCGCUUAUCCUGGCCAUCCUACGAUCUUUUAGUGUGAGGGAGGAGGCUGCCAGAGUGAUGGUUGCUGCGCCACUAAUUGCAUUUGUGACAACCCACCUACUAUAUCUCAACUUUUAUAAAUUCGACUAUGGACUGAACAUGAAGGUCUGUGUUGUAAUUGGUGUAGCCCAGCUUAUACUGUGGGCAGUCUGGGUUGGCAUCACACGCCAUCCCUCGAGGUGGAAACUGUGGGUGGACGUCGUGGGAGGAGGGCUUGCCAUGUUAUUGGAGAUUUUUGAUUUCCCUCCUUAUUGGGGAUUCCUGGAUGCCCAUUCCCUUUGGCAUGCUGCCACCAUCCCCCUUGGCUACCUUUUAUGGAGCUUCGUCAGAGAUGAUGCCGAGUACAGAACCAUGGACCUUCUCAAGAAGGCAAGAUAGGUAAUGCUGUCCUGACCUAAUGCAUGUGGCGAUGAGAGAUCAACAGUGGAUGAUAUUCUAGUUAUGCCAUGGUGACAUCUUAGUUUUGUUGUAAUAAUUAGAACUACAUUUUUUCCCCCCUUUUCUUUGGGUAAGUAUGUUUAUCCUUUCGCCCUUCCCUCUUCCUUUUCUUCUAGCAAAUGCUUGUAAGAGUGAAUUUUUAUCGUGAGGAGACUUUGGGGAUCACAGAUUCUCUAUAUUGUGAGUUUUGGAGACCUGGUUCCUUUUUUUUUUUUA